GUAGAGUUGCCAUAUUUUUUCUGCGGAUGCCUGCUAGGGGGGUCAAUCGAAUUGUUGGUGUUCGGAGAUGGCUGUACAAGAUGGUUUAUGAUAACCAAAUGGUGCGCGUAAUGAACGAUUGAAGAAGAGAUCGAAAACAGGGCGCGUCAUUUCGGCAGAAAUUUUAGCAAAACAUAAUGUCGUAUAAGGAGAUAAAGACGAGUAACAAUGGAAAUGUCAUCUGUAGAUUGUGGUAAAAAACAGCAUUAUCUACAAGGCGACAUGUCAGAUUCGUCACGAUAUCUUUAUGGCCAUCUUCCUCCUGACAUUAUGCUGAAAGGACUUUCCAACAAUGGCAUAGGAGGAAAAUUAUGCCAACUCGAAGGCCUGUUUAUCGGUGAUUCUGCUCAAAGUGGACGAGCCGGUCAUAUCGUUUCAAUUGAGACACUUAUCGAUGUUUUGCUUGUGCUAUACGAUGAAUGCUGUAAUUCUUCGUUACGCCGUGAAAAGACUGUUUCCGAUUUUAUUGAGUUUGUAAAACCAAUAACUUCAUGCAUCAAAAACUUACAAUUGACACGAGAGGACUUUGAAAUCGUCAAAGUAAUUGGUAGAGGUGCUUUUGGGGAAGUAUGCGUUGUAAGAAUGCGCGGCUCGGACAAGGUAUUUGCUAUGAAAAUUUUGAACAAAUGGGAAAUGUUAAAACGUGCUGAAACGGCGUGCUUUAGAGAAGAAAGGGAUGUAUUAGUGUAUGGUGAUCGCAGAUGGAUCACGAAUCUGCAUUAUGCCUUUCAAGAUGACAAUAACUUGUAUCUGGUCAUGGAUUACUACUGCGGUGGAGAUUUAUUAACGUUACUGAGCAAAUUCGAGGAUCGCUUACCCGAGGAUAUGGCUCGAUUUUACAUAGCAGAGAUGGUGCUAGCUAUAGGUUCUAUACAUGACUUACGCUAUGUACAUCGUGACAUAAAACCCGAUAAUGUUUUAUUGGAUGCGAAUGGUCAUAUCAGGUUAGCUGACUUCGGUUCUUGUUUACGACUGUUCGAGGAUGGUACGGUGCAAAGUAACGUCGCUGUUGGUACACCGGACUACAUUUCACCAGAGAUAUUGAGGGCAAUGGAGGAUGGUCAAGGACAAUAUGGUCCUGAAUGCGAUUGGUGGUCUCUUGGAGUGUGUAUGUACGAAAUGCUCUAUGGUGAAACACCUUUUUACGCAGAAUCUCUAGUCGAGACUUAUGGAAAAAUUAUGAAUCACAAGAAUUGUUUUGAUUUUCCUAUGGACGCUAUGUAUGAUGUUUCUGAAGAAGCCAAAGAUCUGAUGCGGAAAUUGAUUUGCAGCUCUGAAUUUAGACUAGGUCAAAACGGAAUUGAUGACUUCAAGAAACAUCCGUGGUUCGACGGAGUCGAUUGGGAUACGCUGAGAGAUAGCACCGCGCCAUACAUUCCUGAAGUUUCAUCACCUAGUGACACGUCCAACUUUGACGUUGAUGAUACUGAUGUUCGCACUUCUGAUGCUGUUCCACCAGCCGCGAAUUCUGCCUUUUCUGCGCUUCAUUUACCAUUUGUUGGUUUUAGUUUCACGCAAGGAAGUUGUAUAUCGGAUCUGGGUUGUAUUUCUGCUCUAUCUCAGACAGACAAACGUAUACAGAUACUCGAAGAAGAAAAUACACGAUUGGUACAAACUAUUGACGAUAUGAAAAAUCAUUCGAGUAUAAGUCAUUCUUCGCCUGGUAUCUCGCCAGAUUCUAAUAAUGCGACCAGAAAACUUCAAGAUGAAAUAAACACGCUCACAAAACGCAAUUGUGAAUUGGAGUCGCAGUUGAAAUCUAUGGAUAUUCCUCGCGAAUUACGAACUUUAGAUAAUGGUGACAUGAUGAAAUAUCGGGAACUUGAGAAAUUAGUUCGAUGUCUACGUUCAGAGAAAGAAGAAGCUAUCAAGGAUAAGUUGGAUGCGCAGGAGAAAUUAAAACUUCAAGACAAAGAGUUGAAGGAUGCUCUCACUCAACGUAAGCUCGCGAUGACGGAAUAUACGGAAGUAUCGGAUAAAUUAUCCGAACUGCGGCAACAGAAGCAAAAAUUAUCGAGACAAGUUCGUGACAAAGAGGAAGAGUUAGAAGUUGCGAUGCAGAAGGUCGAUACUUUACGUCAUGACAUUCGGAAAGCUGAGAAACUGCGUAGAGAGUUGGAGAAUAGAAUCGAUGAAGCGAUGGCAGAGACGAGCAAAGAAAGGAAAUUAAGAGAACGCAGCGAGGAAUAUUGCAAACAGAUGCAAGAAGAGAUGGAGAAGAUUAGACAACGUUCUCUUGGAAAUGACGCUAGUGCGAAUCACGCUUUGGCUACUCAAGAAAUUAACAGAUUAAAAGCGGAAGUUGAAAAGCUUGAGGUUCAGUAUAACGAAAACUUGACUCAACAACAAAGUAGAUUUAACCUUGAAAUUCGAAGUUUGCAAGAACAAUUGCACGAAGCGGAAACUAGAAGAGAACUGUUGGAAAGAGAAGUGCAACUCACCAAGGAGAAAUUGGAUGCUGCAAGAUUGGAAAAUAUCACCGAUAGCGAAGAAACUAUAAACGAGUUAAAUAGGCGUCAUGAGAGGGAAAGGAUUAUAUUAGUUGAAGAAAAUAAGAAGCUUGUGUUAGAACUCGGUGCCCUCACCGAUAGCGUUAAUAGAUUACAGGGUGAAAGAAGACAAUUGGAGGACGAAUACGAAGAAUUGAGGAAUAAGAAAGAAGCUAUAGCGCAGUGGGAAGCUCAAAUUACCGAAAUUAUUCAGUGGGUAUCAGAUGAAAAAGAUGCUCGUGGAUAUUUGCAGGCCUUGGCUACAAAAAUGACGGAAGAAUUGGAAUUCCUGAAACACUCUGGUGGAGUUGGUGGUAUUGGAAGUGGAACUACAAUGACAGAUAAAAAUUGGCGAAAUCGUCGAUCGCAGAAGCUCGAUAAGAUGGAACUUUUGAAUUUGCAGAGCUCCUUACAAAGUGAAAUACAAGCGAAACAAGCAAUUUCAGAGGAACUCACCAAAACUCGUUCGGAUUUGAUAGCUGCACAAAAGGAAUUGAGAGAUUUCAAGCAGCGAUUAGAUACCAUGUCGCAUGAAUUAAAACGAAAAGAUAUGCAAGUAAAAGAGUUGCAAGCGCGUCUCGAUACCGGGGAUGGCUUUCUAGAACGUCCUACAUCACAGAUGUCAUAUCUCGAGCACUUUCUUAAAGAAACUACAAGUAGUACACGUCAUGGAAGUGUCGACAGUGUGGAAGGUGACAUUGAGGACAAUCGUGCACCUAGUAUUACGAGCAGCAAAAGUAAUCUGUCUGAACUUAGUAUUGAUCCAACUUCGCCAUUGUCCCAUGAACUUCUGAAUAAGUCUUCGUCUACUCAUGGUCAAAUCAAUUUGCAACCAAAGCCUAAAUCACACCAAUUUCUCGUACGAACGUUUUCCGCACCGACAAAGUGUAAUCAUUGCACGUCUUUAAUGGUUGGUUUAACGAGGCAAGGAGUCGUAUGCGAAGUGUGCGGCUUCGCGUGCCAUAUGCCUUGUUGCGACAAAGUACCUUCAAUGUGCCCUGUACCCCAUGAUCAAACUAAACGACCACUAGGGAUCGAUCCUACACGUGGGAUAGGUACUGCGUAUGAAGGAUACGUCAAAGUGCCAAAAAUGGGUGGUGUCAAAAAGGGUUGGGUGCGUCAAUUCGUCGUAGUUUGUGAUUUCAAAUUAUUUCUUUAUGACAUUUCACCAGAUCGCAAUGCAUUGCCAUCUGUAUACGUUUCGCAAGUUCUGGAUAUGCGAGAUGAAGAAUUUAGCGUCAGCUCCGUUCGUGAUUCCGACGUGAUACACGCUACAAAGAAGGACAUUCCGUGUAUAUUUAGGAUAACUACGUCGUUAUUGGAGCCUCCUGGAUUGAGAAAUCAUACAUUAAUGUUGGCAGAUACGGAAAGCGAAAAAACAAAAUGGGUAGUAGCUUUAAGUGAGCUUCAUAGGAUUUUAAAGAGAAACAAUCUUCCGAACACAACGAUUUUUAGAGCGAAAGAACUAUUGGACAAUACCUUGGCAUUCAUUAAAAACGUGAUGUCAGGAGCGGUUAUUGAUCCGGAUCGUCUAGUCAUUGGUACAGAGGAAGGUCUCUUCUGCUUAGAUUUAGAUCGUAAUGAAAUUGCGAGAGUCGGGGAAGGAAAAAAGAUAUAUCUUCUUGAAUAUGUUACGGAGGAGCAAUUAAUAGUGGUAUUGAGCGGAAAACAACGUCAUGUACGGCUGGUUCCAGUACGUGCCUUGGAUGGAGAUGAAGUCGAAUGGAUUAAAGUAGCAGAGACUAAAGGCUGCAUCACAUUAACAACUGGAGUAGUGCGUCGGAAUCCGCUUAAUUAUUGCUUAUGCGUUGCAAUAAAAAAACAAAACGCAUCUCAAAUUAUCAUCUAUGAGAUAACACGUACGAAAACAAGGCAUAAACGUAUACGUGAAUUAAUGUUACCAUGUCAUGCACAAACCUUACAAAUUCUCUCUGAAGGACGCUUGUGCGUUGGUUAUCCAUCAGGUUUUUCUAUUUAUAGCAUUUUAGGAGAUCAUCAUCCUAUUUCCUUGGUCCACGCUGAGAAUACGCUCUUGGGUUUCCUCACUUAUAGUGCCGUGGAUGCGUUACGUUGCAUAGAAUUGACACGCGGUGAAUUCUUAUUAGUCUUCCAUACAUUAGCAGUAUAUGUUGAUAAUCAGGGAAGAAAGAGUCGAGAUCGGGAGAUAAUGUAUCCUGCAGUUCCUACGGCAGUUAGUUAUUGCGAGGGAUAUCUAUUGGUGUAUAGCGAGACUCAUAUUGAUGUGUUUGACUGUACAUCUGGAGACUGGUUACAAACGCUUAAUGUGAAACGAGCCCGACCGUUGAAUAUCUCAGGUUCUCUUACGUCUUGUGUAAUAAAUGAUAUGCCGUAUGUUAUUUAUCUCAGCAAUCUGCAUCAACGAGAAUUAUUAAAUUUAAUGCCAUUGGAUGCGAGCGGUAGACAAAUGACAAGGCCACGACGAAGAUUUUCAUUACGAGAAGGCAAUAGAGCUGUUCGUCCUACAGAUAGACGUUCGAAAAUGAUUUCUGCACCGACAAAUUUCAAUCAUAUUAGUCAUAUGGGUCCAGGAAAUGGAAUUCAGAUACAACGUUUAUUAGAUUUGCCUACGACAUUGGAAACUGCUGAUCAGCAACAUACGAGUCAUCAUGGUAGUUCUCAUCUUCAUAGUAGCCAGCAAAGACUAUAUGAUGCUACGCUUCAAACACCGAACAAACCAGCACCAUUGCCUCCCAGGCAUCCCCCUUCUGACGCACGUCGCCUGAGCUCGCAUAUGUCAAGAAACUCUGGAUAUUCGCCGCAUAACGGUUCGACAACAUCACGGAGAGGUCCUGCGCCACCACGACCAACUGCCACGCCUCCUUCCUUACCGCGCACUCCGGUGGACCAAAUUGAUUCUGAAUCGUUACAUUUGCGUUCACACACUCCGCUCUCUCUUGGCAGUAUUGCAUCUUUACAUAACAAGGAGCAUCCAUCUGGUGGCAGCCCUAGACAUUCUAUAGCUUCGAAUAAUAGUUCAAAUCCAUCAACGCCACCGAGUCCUGCCCAUGAUCAUGGAUCGUCAUCGUAUGAUUCAUAAAUUUAUUUAACUUUUACGAAGAUUUAGAUAAACGGUAUGUAUCUAGUACAUAUUUAAGGAAAACGAUCAAUUUGAUAUAUAUUAUACAUAUGCAUAUGUAUACCUGUCGC